CGUAGGAAUUUGAAACAAUCGCGCACGUCACUAUUUUCAGUUAGAUUUUUGCGGGAAAAAAGUCUGUAUAAAUACACGUUGCAUUCGAAUAUGUCCGGAGUCCGGAGCUACGGUUAAAUUUUGAACAGACAUUUUCCUUUUAAUCGACUUAAACUAAGCAAGAAAACUGCUUGAAAGAAAGAUAAUUUCGUAUGAUUUAGCCUCGAGUAAUUGUUUAAAUUUAAAACCUUAAUAGAUCAUCAAGUAUCUUCUAGAAUUUUCUGGGCCAAUAUCUCGGAUAUUGCACCCAGCAACAGGUCCUAUGCUCUAUCCUUGUGGUGGUGGUAGUGGUGGUGAUGGUGGGAGGCACAUCUGUUCAUUUAAAUAAUAUUUGCAGUCUCCAGUUAGUGCAUAGUUAGAUUUACAUUGUUGAGUGAUUCGAAUAAUCAACAUCUCAAGAAAUGGCAAACAAUAUCUAUUACUCAGAUAAAUACUACGACGACGUCUACGAAUACAGGCAUGUGGUACUGUCCAAGGAGUUGGAGAAGUACGUGCCAAAAACACAUUUAAUGUCGGAGCAGGAAUGGAGAGCCCUUGGAGUGAGGCAAAGCGAAGGAUGGGUGCAUUACAUGACUCAUCAACCCGAACCUCACAUUCUUCUGUUCAAAAGGAAAAGAACCACUCCAGUAGGCGAAGAAAAUUCGUAAACUAUUUUCUUGAAAUCCUACCUAAUUUUUAAAUUGUGUCUGUUUUUAAUUCAUUUUUAAGUUUUAAUUUUAAAUAGAAGGUAUUAAAUGAAAGUUUAAAUAUAAGUUUUAGAAAUUUUUUAUGAUUACUUUUAUUGCAUACUUUCGUAAGUGAAGAAACACAAAAUUGUACAAGCGAUGAUGACUAUUUAUAUCUCUAAAUAAUUUAUUGUCCGUUAUCUGUCAAUCAAAACUUGAAUAUUUGAUGCAGCAUAGAUAAAAAAAAUAUUCUAAGAGCUUCAUUGUAAUUUUUUCUAAUUAAUUUUAAGCAAUUGUAAAAAUUCAAGUUAUCUGUCAAUCGUGUGCUGUAAAUCUUUUUCCAGCCAAUAAAUGUUACUACAUUUAAUGUAAUUACAAUGUAUUCAUUAAUGAGUUCUUGAAGAACAGCUAUAUGAUCAAUGAAAUUUACUUACAAUAACAUCAAA